AUGCGCACCGUCGAGGCAAAGUUUGCAGAGUACAAGACGCUCAAGGCUCUCGACGACAACCGAGCGGAUCCAUCGCCAAUUUCGAUUGCGUGGCAUGUUAUUUUCACCAACCAGACGGUUGAGGGCGGCUAUUUGAAUGAGACGACGAUCAAUGCGAGUGUCAGUGCGCUCAACGACCAUUACUCAGGAAUUGGGGUCAAUUUCACGCUCGACCAUGUCGAUUAUUCGCAAAAUACCACAUGGUUUAUCGAGACAGACCCGAUAUAUAAGACGGUCGAACUCGAAAUGAAGAGUGCUCUACGGGUUGGAGACGUUGCCACGCUCAAUAUUUACACCGUUGGGUUUGGAACCAGUCACAACAACGAAUUGCUCGGAUUCGCCACGUUCCCAUGGUGGUACGCCAACAGCACCAUUGACGACGGCGUCGUGAUCCUCCACUCGACCGUCCCCGGUGGCAGCAAGCUCCACUACGACGAGGGCAAGACGCUCACGCACGAGGUCGGACACUGGUUGGGACUGUAUCAUCCAUUCCAGGGAGGCUGCUACGGUGAUGGUGACUUUGUCUCGGAUACGGCUCCGCAAGUCAAGCCGUCGUAUGGCUGCCCAGUCAGUCAAGACUCGUGUAUCGGUGGAGGACCCGAUAACAUUCCACAACUUUAUGGACUACAGAUUCGUUCACUCCUGGACAAGCGACGAGGCUCCGGGAGCAGAUGCUUUAUUACCCUUUAG